CAAGCGCCGUAGCAGCGAGUGUUCGCGAUCCUCUACACCUUAACCAAAUUCGUGGGAAGAACAUAUUAACCAGAAGAAACCGUGACUAAGUAGAGAAACGAGGUUUAACAAACAAAAUAAAGGAAAGAUAAGUAAUUAAAAAAAAAUCAGCACAAAACAAAACUGUGAAAUGAGCGACUUUGUCACUGCUCACUCAAAAGAGUCUCUUUCUUCUUCAAACCAAAUCCCCGAACAGCUAUCUUCUAUACAGCAGCUGGUAGAUCCUCUACAGGUGUUAUGUGAGCGUUUAGACGAGUUUCGUGAACGCGUAGAUCAGUUGUCUCAGACAAGAAAAAAUCUGGUUUCCUUUAACGAAGCCUUUUCUUCCUUGUUGUAUGGGUUAAAGACGAAUGCUUUUUGCGUUGAUUUCGAAAAUACACCAAUCCCCGAAAGCUUCGAACUGCAAGAUGAGAAAGAUCGGUUGCUCCAAAAGCACGAGCAGCAGGAAUCUUUGAAUGAAAAACCUGACCUGGUGAUGGAGGAUGAUACGUUUGCAACAAAUGACUCGUUCGUAGAGAGGCCGUAAAUCGGCUGCGACACGUUCUGACGUCGAGCUGUCCCAAAUGGACUGACUCAGUUACCCACCCGUCGCCCUAGUUCAUCCUUGGGGCACGCACGCUCGAGGCACCUGCGUAGCACUACGUUGGUAAUGUAUUUAACGAUAUAGUAAAUAUCAGUAAUGGGAAUUAAGAGUGACGAGAACGAUGCGAUAAAUAGGGUAUGAUAGGAUAAUUGAGAAAAAGUGCGCUAAAAUACAUUGAGUGCAUUACCAG